UGUGGGGGUCGUGUCCGUCAGUCUGCUCACGGCCCCUCGAGAGUCAGGAUCUCUUAGUCUGUCCUCCCUCUGUGUCUUCCUCCUGUGAAGAACACUUCGCCUGUCUCAUCUAAACCGGCAGACUCCCUGUGUUAUCUGUAAUCAAACAGACUGCUGUGCCAUCUAUCUCUCACCAAGCAAACUCCUGCGCCAUCUCUCACCAGGCAGACUCCCGCACCAUCGCUCACCAAGCAGACUCUCAGGGCCCCACCGUCAUGUGGUAGCCUCUCAGUAUACACAGAGAUCCUCUCCUCCUCCGCUGAGUACUUCGUAUAAGGCUCUCCACGGACACACGCGUCACCAUGACAACUGCUAAGCGCGCCACGUGCGAAGUGCCCGCACGGGUCACACUGGCCAUGCUGACGUCACUGGGGGUCGUGUCACUGUACUUGCUCAGGAUCAAUAUGUCCGUGGCCAUAGUAGCCAUGGUGUACACGCCCCCCACCAACGGAGCCACCACGCCCCCCACCAACGCCUCCACCACGCCCCCCACCAACGCCAGGAACACUUACGCCCUCAACGCCGCAUUCUGCACGACAUAUAACCAGGUGAACCAAACGGCGGUGGACCGGAAGGGGGACACGGAGGAGGCGCCGACGGCGGGCGGGGACGUCUUCACCUCUGACGACAACCUCGCGGAGGAGGAGAAAGAAGUAGACCUGCUCGCUGAUAAGAUGGUGCUGACGGCCACGCAGAGAGGGCUCGUCCUUGGUGCGUUCUUCUAUGGCUAUUUCGUCACCAAUAUCCCCGGCGGGCGGCUGGCGGAGGUGUACGGGACCAAGCGGGUAUUCGGGGGCGCCAUCCUGGUGGGCGGGGUGUUGACACUCUUCACGCCCCUGGCCGCCCGCGCUCACUACGGCGCCCUCAUCCUUCUCAGGGUCCUCAUCGGCCUCGCCCACGGUGUGGUAUAUCCGGCCAUGAACGUGAUGGUGGCCAGGUGGGUUCCUCCCCUCGAGAGACCUCGCUUCAUGUCUUUCACCUACAUGUCCAACACCCUAGGAACCAUCAUCACCCUGCCACUGUGUGCCGUGAUCAUCGCGUGGGCGGGGUGGGCGGCCGUGUUUUACGUGACUGGCGCCAUCUCCCUGGUGUGGGUGGCUCUGUGGGCGGUCCUCAUGCACGACUCCCCACAGGAGCAUCCCUCCAUCUCCAGCCGCGAGAGGGACUACAUCCUUCAGGCCAUCAAGAAGGGCACCACGCAACACAAGCCGAGAAAUAUCCCCUGGAGGAGUAUCCUGACCAGCGGGCCUCUCUGGGCUACCCACAUCGCCCACAUCGGCAGCAUGUUCGGCUUCAACCUCCUGCUCACCCAACUCCCGACCUACAUGGACAGUGUACUGGGCUUCUCCAUCAAGACGAACGGCCUGCUGUCAGCCCUGCCGUUCCUGACGCAGUUCUUGGGAAGCCUGGCCUCGGGGGUCGUCGGGGACUGGUUCCUCACCCGGCGCCUCAUCACUCUCAACGCCUCCAGGAAGCUCUUCGCCACCACAUCUCUGGUAGUUCCGGGAGUGGUGCUGGUGGCAGUGGGGUACGUGGGCUGCAGAACCACCCUGGCAGUGGCACUCUUUCCCAUUGGCACUGCCUUCAGCGGGGCCAUCUGCUCCGGCCACCUGGCUAAUCACCUCGACCUUGCUCCCAAUCUUGCAGGAACGGCUCUGGGGGUCAGCAACACGCUGGCCUACAUGGUGUCCAUGUGCGUGCCCGUCGUCGUCGGCGUCAUGACCCCUAAUAACAACCUGGAGGAGUGGCAGUCGGUGUUUUGGCUGACAGCCAUCAUGUACGUCUCCACCUGGCUGGUGUUCGUUGUCUUCGGCUCCACGGACAUCCAACCCUGGAACUACCAGGAGGCCGAGAGGCCAAAACCGUCAGGGGAGGAGACCAGCUUCCUGGCGACAGAACAGGAGGCCGGCAGAACACGUGGGGAGGAGACUAGCUUCCUGAAGAUCGAACAGGAGGCCGAGAAACGGACACCAUCGGGGCAGGAGAUCAAUUCCUUUACGCCAGGACAGAGAUCCAACUCAGUAACCAGUGACAGUCAAGUCGAGGCGUGAUACGGUUCGUGGUUCUUCUAACUCGUAUCAUGCCUCGAGUACCUCACUUAGUACCUUAGUACCCCAAGUUGCGCACACUCCAUCUAGCGACGAGGGCAAGAACGAGGUCCUGGUCGAGGCCCUGGUUAAGGCCCUGGUCGACGGGUCGCGCCAUCUCGAACCGAGGCUUCAACGACACAGACGUUCUCCCAAACUGGCGAGUUUACUGACAACGACGAAGAGUUAUCAAGUGUUGCGUAACAGAUGUGGUCACAGGUGUGGUCACGGGUGUAAGUACAGGUGUAGGUAUAGACACAGAUAUAAAUCCAGAUGAAGACACAGGUAUUGUCACAGGAGUAAGUACAGGUGUAAACACAGGUGAGAUCAUGGAGCAGGAAACUCAUCUGAAUCGAGUAACACGCAAGAAAAUAUUUAAGUGGGCUUAAGACUUGGAAUUUUACGCGUGUAAAGAAUACAGUCGUUGACACAAAGUAUUAAAAAAUAAACGUAUACAUCACA